AUGGCGGACUUUGACAUGUUUCUCAACGAAGGAGAUGAGUUUGGCCAAAGUAGCCAAGACAAGGGCAAGGGGAAAGAAAGGGAAACAGUCAAUGAAUUUCCCACUCCUCCACAACCGAAUCAGAACUUUCCGCGUCCGCAAAUACCAUACCGAUGGCCCACUCCAGUGGCCACCAAUGAUAAUACCGAUGAGCCUGCUGCGAAUGGCGUGCUCGCGACCAAGCCAGCGGAGCCAUGUUGCCCCCAGCAGCACAGCGUUGCUGCGUCGUAUGCGCUAGAGGUAUCGAGCCUCCUGCAAUUAUGUGCAAGGAGCAUGAUGAGAAAACAAACACUCUCAAAGAAAUUGAGAUCAAUGCACUUAAGGUACAUGCAAGAAUGUGCGUUGAGUGUGGCAGGCAUGAAAGGGAUUCUUCCCCCUAUCGAGACUAUGCUCCAAGUGUUUAGAGGAAAGGAAGGCCACAUAUCGUCUAGCAAUUUUGGCACGAAGAUGAGGCUCGGAACACCGGAAAACAUACUCGGUGUCUUCAGAAACUGGCACGGAGGACAAUGA